CUACCGGCAUGGGUCAAGAAGAAGAAGAAUGCCCCGCCCCCUAACAGAAAGUCACCUCGUCGUGUCCGUAAGCCGAAGCUACUGACAGCUAGCAAUGUUAUAGAGCUGCCGGGGAAGGUCGACAGCAGGACGGUGUCACCCUCCUUCGUUUUAUUCAUAUCUCCAUUAUUGCCGAAAGCCUCCCUAAAGCCGUCGGUUUUCGUCCUGCAGCUGGAAAAUCAUCGAGCUAUCGUCAAGAUUAACAGCUUUAUAUCUAACUGUCGUCAUGGCUGCUGCUCUCAGGGUGUCCUAUCACAGGAUUUUGGAUCGCAUCGAGGUGUUGCUGCCCGCUAAACUGAGACCUCUGUACAACCACCCUGCAGGUCCAAAAACAGUUUUCUUCUGGGCCCCAAUGUUCAAAUGGGGUCUGGUCUUUGCGGGAAUGGCGGACAUGACGCGGCCAGCAGAGAAGCUCAGUCUGUCACAGUCGUGUGUGCUGACAGCCACAGGGCUCGUCUGGUCCAGGUACUCUCUGGUCAUCAUCCCCAAGAACUGGAACCUUUUUGCCGUCAACUUCUUUGUAGGUGGUGCUGGAGCCUCUCAGCUUUAUAGGAUCUGGAGGUAUAAGCAGGACAAGAAGGCACAAGAUCAAAAGGCUGCAGAGUCUUGAAGACCUUCCUGGAGAUGUGCAGUUUGGCUGCUGACUCAAAGGGAGACUUCCACAUCAUCUCACAAUCAUCACAUUCAUGCCAUAACCGUUGUUCCACCUUAUUAAGCCUGCUGUCCCUGUUGGAAAUAUGCACUUUUCACUCCCAAAGUCUCAGAUUUCCUCAGGGUGUGUAAACAUUCAUCACAGAUUUUAACUGUAGACAACACAUACUCAAGGAUGGUCAUCAACGCACAAGUACGACAUCUUCAUCAAGCUCUAUGAUUGUAGUGUUUAAUUUAAGGUCACGUUUAACGUGUGCAUUAGCUUGGGUUUUGAAAUGGCUUUAGUAAAAAAAAAAAAAAACGAAAACAAUUCUAGUAAACUUCCACAAAACUUUUGUUUUUUGUAACCAAUAAAUACAUUUCAGCAGGAUUGUAUUAUUUAUUCUUAAACUCAUCGUGUAGAAUUAGUUUUAGUUGUUACCUCAGCCAAUAAAUUCCAAUUGAACAUCUAUGUGAGAACAAAGAGACGACCCACUUCAGCAUAUAGCCAUGUCUAAUCUGUGUUUUUAAACUGUAUGUCGGAUUAAACAUGCUGUGGUUUAUGUUUCCUGUUUUGGAAUUAAUCCUUUUAGAAAGCUCAGUAUUCCUGGUGUUAUGACUGUUCUUCACUUUUUCUUAUUUGGAGGUGGGAUAUUUUUCUGGGGAUGUGUUCCCAAAAUGGAACUCCGGAUAAUUUAGCAAUAACUGUUGACACUUAAUCUGAACAAAAGACACCAUGAAGGUUUGAUGGAAGCCUGUAAAUAUAAGGUGUGUUAAUAAAUACUGACACCUGCA